AUGAUGCAAAGUAGGCUUGCGCGCGCCUCCGGCUUGCGCACACUGGGAUCCAUCUCAAGGUGUCAAUGGGUUCAGCCAUUGAAGACGCGACAAGCGUCCUCCUUCUCGGCAAUACACGAUGGUUUACGUCGAUCUGAGAAAGCCAGACCACAGGGCUUCAACAAGUCGAGCCUCACCUCUGGUUCUCUUACUAAGCGGAGCUUAGGAGCCCGAGGCCGUCACAAGGACGACGAUGACAAGCCGAGUCCGACUUUCAAGAUCCGGAAGGGCAAGAAGGAUAUAUCCCAGCCCCCCAAACAAAAGCCGAUGACACGGGCGGCUCGAUUCAACGAUCCGAACAGCGAUUUUGGGAAGAAGAGCUUGGUUUAUCAGCUCAACAGCGGCAAACUACGGCAUGACAUGGCCGCAUUGUCUGAAAUAAAAAAUGGCUCGCGUGUUUCAAGUGGUGACAUCUGGGACAACUUGGAGAGGGCUUCUGCUGAACAAAGCAUGGGCAAGGGCAGGAUAUCAAGAACACGCAAGUCUGACUUCGGGUCAGAGCCCCAAAGAAGGAGUUGGCCAUUCGCCGAUACGUCCACCCGGGCGUCUUCGAGGCGCUCAGAUAACAGCAGCGGCUUUUCCAGGGAAACUUUGCGGCCCCGCAGAUAUGAUGACUUACUUCGGGAUCCUAGAAGACGGCGCGUAGCUGAGAGCAGGCCGGCCGACUCCUGGGGCGGGAACCAGAAUCGCUAUGAUAGAGAGCGUCCUCGGAGUGAUAGUCGCGAUCACACUAAGCCAGAACGUUGGUCGGAAGAGUCUUCGGAAUUCAGAACUGAUAACUACCCAAGACCAUCUUCAUAUACUUCUAACAAGGGGUAUGACGAUCGACUAGACUCAACCGUAACUUCGAUGCCAUACACAACUGCAGCGUCUCAAUUCCUAUACGGCAGGUCUGUAGUGGAGGAGACUCUAAGGUCGUCCAGGAGGAAACUUUAUCACUUGUAUAUUUAUGAUGGUCUGAACCGCAGUCGGAAUCCCAACGAUGUGGUUAUAGAGAAAUUGGCUGAAAAAAGAGGCGUCAAGGUCACCAAACUAGGUGAGGGACACCAAAGACUGAUGAGCAAGAUGAGCGAGGGUCGACCACACAACAAUUUCGUCCUGGAGGCAUCGCCAGUUCCGCAACCCCCAAUCGAGGCUCUAGGGCCCUUGUCCGGAGAGGCAUCAAGACCUGGCUUCGAGGUUUCACUGGGUCACCAGACUGCGGAAGACCUAGAGAUCAAUGGAUCCAGCAAUUUUGUCGAGACAGAAGGAGGGAGGCAUCAACCCCUGGUGCUGCUUCUGGAUCGCAUUUUGGACCCCGGUAACCUAGGCAACAUUCUGCGGACGGCCAGCUUUCUCGGCGUGAGCGCUGUGGUCAUAUCACAGAGAAACUCGGCAACGCUGACCCCUGUGGCGCUCAAGGCGGCCGCAGGGGCCUCCGAGACCCUGCCACUGUUUGCGUGUGAGAACCCCGCAGGCUUCCUGCACAACUCCAAGGAGGCCGGCUGGAAGGUCUAUGCCGCAGUGGCACCAUCCCGUUCGAGGAAGGAGAGCGAGCAGGACGUUUACGACAUUGAAGAUCUUGACCCGUUGGCCACGAACCCGUGUUUGCUCGUGGUCGGCAGCGAGGGCGACGGUCUUCCAACCAUGAUCAAAACCAAGUCUGACCAUACGGUUACGAUACCAAAUUCUUCUGGGGCCCAUACCAUUGACAGCUUGAAUGUCAGUGUAGCCACCGGUCUCCUCUGCGGGGCGUUCCUGAGGGGAGUCAUGAAGGAGAAGAACCCACGACAGACCAGCGGUAACCAGAAGAGCGACGAAAUGGGAUUCUGGUGA